UGCUCAUCUUCCCUUCUGACUUCUUCUCUCUUAAGAAAACAGCUGUUGUCAAAAUGGCCAAGUCGCUGCUGCUUCUAUCGUUUGCCCUUGGAGUUGUCUACGCGGAUGUAGGAUACAACCUGCCCGCUCCUCCCGCCCCAGGAUACUCGUACGGCGCCCCGGACCUCAGGGCCGACGCCUCCACUCUCGACCAGCAGGAACAGGACCCCAUCGCCGCCCUGGCCGCCAACAUCCCCGGCGGAGGCGUCCCUGGCGAGGACUACCCCAUCCUGGCCUCCGUCCCCGACACCGGCUUCUCGUGCGAGGACCAGGAAUUCCCAGGCUACUAUGCUGACACCGCCCCGGAGGCCAGCUGCCAAGUGUUCCACAUCUGCCAGUUCGACGGCCGCCACGACGCCUUCCUGUGCCCCAACGGCACCAUCUUCAACCAGCAGUACUUCGUGUGCGACUGGUGGUUCAACGUGGACUGCGCCGCGUCCGAGCAGUUCCGAAGUCUCAACGCGGACAUCGGCAAGAUCCCCGAAGACGCCGCUGCCUCCGUCCGCAACGACGUCGUGGCACCCAACCAGCUCUAUGGCACUCCCGAGGAGCGCCAGGCACCCCCACCAACUCCUUCACAGUCCUACGGCAGACCAAACAGGUUCUAAAUGCAAAUUGGAAAUAAGGACAGGCAACAGAUCCAAGCGAAUGCAUUUUCUAUUUAUUAGUGUUUACGUCUCCCACUUUCUCUCUUUUCCAUUGUAUAUAAGCUUCCCUCCCAUUUCUUUCUGCUAUUCGAAAAAUGUGAUAUCGAGCUUGAAUUUGAAAGAUACUCCAAAAUUAUAUUAUAUUUAAAGCGCA